CGAGAUCGUGGCGCUCGUUCAUUUGAGCAACGACGUUUGAGUCAUUUGGCUGGCGUUCUUGACCGGUUCAGUGGAAUUCUAAUUACCCACUCACCGUCCCGUGUGCGUCGAUCGCGUGUGAUCAGUUGAGAGUCCAAAGCUUAAGGGAUCAGUGUCACUGCGGUGCAUUCACGAGGGAUUUGGCUUGUGCACGAAGGAGCAGCUCGAUUUAAAAUAGCAUGUCUAAUGGGAAGACCGUGUUGGUGACUGGCGGAGCCGGUUACAUAGGAUCACACUGCGUGGUGAGUCUGCAGGAGGCGGGCUACGAAGUGAUCGCACUGGACAACUUCGCCAAUGCCGUGAACAACUUCAAGAAUGAAUCAGUGGCACUCCAGCGAGUUGAGCAGAUCACAGGGAAGCCUGUGGCCUUCUACAAGUGUGACCUGCUGGACCUGGAGGCGCUCGAUCAAAUAUUCCAGACGUACAAAAUCGACUCGGUUAUCCACUUCGCGGCCAUGAAGGCCGUCGGAGAGUCCAUGCAGCAACCCCUGCUCUACUACAAAAACAACCUCAUCGGCAUGAUCCACCUGCUGGAGGUGAUGAAGAAGCACAAAGUCUUCAACCUGGUCUUCUCUAGCUCCUGCACCGUCUACGGUGAGCCCACUGAGCUGCCCAUCACGGAGGAGAGGGAGACGGGCAAGGUGACCAAUGUCUAUGGCAGAACCAAGUUCUUCGUUGAGGAAAUGCUGAGGGACAUCUCAGUGGCCGAAGAGGAGUGGAACAUUAUCGCCUUGAGGUACUUCAAUCCCGUCGGCGCCCACAAAUCCGGCCUCAUCGGCGAGGAUCCCACUAAGCAAUUCACCAAUCUCAUGCCCUACAUCAGCCAAGUGGCCAGCGGGAAGAAGGAUUGUCUCACCAUCUUCGGCGAUGACUACGACACACCGGAUGGAACUGGAAUUCGUGACUACAUUCACGUGAUGGACUUGAGUACGGGACACGUGAAGGCGCUGGAGAAGCUUGAAAAGCAGCAUCUUCGUGUCAAGAUGUAUAAUUUGGGCACGGGAAAGGGAGUUUCUGUCCUAGAGCUCCUCAAGACAUUCGAGAAGGUCAAUAACGUACAAGUUCCCUACGUAAUCCAGGCUAGACGACAAGGAGAUAUUUCCACCAUGUACGCUGAUCCAACACUGGCCGAGACAGAAUUGGGAUGGAAGGCGGAAUUCACGCUAGAGGAAAUGUGCACUGAUUUCUGGCGGUGGCAGACUAUGAAUCCCAAUGGCUACAAGACAGGCAUCGUGAAUGGCCAUUGAAUCUCGAAAUCUUUUAAUAAAUAUCGAGUUUAUUAAACAAACUUA